CUGUCGACGUGCGCUGCAUUUCAUUUCACAUGUCGUCGCACUCAACACCAAAACAGAUCACACACCCUUCCGCGUGCUGUACUGCUUGAUUCACACAGACACAAUGCUCUCCAUAGCUCCUCGCCGUGCGCUUCUACGCGCAGCAAAGCAACAGAUUCGCAGCUUCAGCUCCACACCUCAUGUGAAUGCCGCAGCGGAGGUGAAGAAGCUAGGUGUCAUUGGUGCUGGACAAAUGGGGCUCGGAAUAGCUCUGGUUGCUGCCCAAAAAGCCUCGCUACCUGUCAAAAUAAUAGACAACUCACAAGCUUCAAUUGACAAAGGCCUCAAGUUUGCCGACAAGCUUCUAGACAAGGACGUCGGCAAAGGAAGGAUAACAAAAGAAGAUGCCACAGCGGCCAGAGAGCGCCUCACGUCCAGCACAACCAUUGACGAUCUCUCAGAUGUGGACUUUGUCAUCGAAGCUGUUCCUGAACUUCCCGACCUCAAACACAAGAUAUUCUCCCAACUCGCCCAAAUCUGCCCGUCUCACGCCAUUCUCGCCACAAACACGUCCUCCAUAUCCAUAACCCGUAUUGCCGCCUCUACCACUACAGACCCGACUGACCUGAGCGCUUCUUCCCGCGUCAUCAGCACCCAUUUCAUGAACCCGGUUCCUAUCCAGAAGGGUGUCGAGAUCAUCACCGGAUUGCAAACUUCCCAGUCCACCAUUGACACAGCGCUCGAGCUCUGCAAGCGCAUGGGCAAGAUUCCUUCCAUCAGCGCCGACUCACCAGGCUUCCUCGCCAAUCGCAUUCUUAUGCCAUAUAUCAAUGAAGCAGUAAUCUGUCUGGAGACUGGCGUUGGAAAGAAAGACGACAUAGAUAGCAUUAUGAAGAACGGCACUAACGUUCCCAUGGGACCGUUACAGUUGGCCGACUUUAUCGGUCUUGAUACCUGCUUGGCAAUCAUGAGAGUGCUGUAUGAAGAUACUGGAGAUUCAAAAUACAGGCCCGCUGUCCUCCUGAAGAAGAUGGUUGAUGCUGGCUGGCUGGGCAAGAAGAGUGGGAAGGGUUUUUACGAUUAUUAGAUAAUCAAAAAGUAUGUACCAGAGUUUGAUUAAUUAAUACAUCUAGACUUAUCGCGAUAAUCACUGCACAAUGUCUUUACCGCACCCUGUGCUUGGUGCUCUUUACGCCAUGAAAUCGUGAUAAUCGAGUACAACCACCCGGCCCAACAUACUAACAAUGAAAAUGGCCAUGGUACAAUCCGGUGCAGAAAUAAGAGAUAGCUGUGAAAUGCAUGCAAAAUCCCAACCCCACUGAGGCAAUGUUGGCACGAAAAUGCUCACAACAGAAGAACAUAACUCCGAUAUCAUACCAUGGGCCCGACAGGAAUAGGACAAUAAGCAAAAGACAAGCAAUGCAGAACAAUGACGCGCCCCUCACUGGAACAGACCCAUGGCCUCGGCAACCUCUUCCCGCCACCGAUAAAUCCUAUUCACGGCCUCUAUAUCCGCGACCCUGUCCUCCUCCUCCCAUUCAUCCCGUGAGCGCUUAUACACCCCACGGAAUGGCUUCUUCUCCACUUUCCUCUCCUUCGUCUCCACCGCUUUGAUAUCCUUCGUCUCCAUCACUUUCCGCCGGUUAUUCGCCCUCCCAUCGUCAAAAUCAGCAUCACCCCGCACACAAGCGUCCCAAAACCGCUUUCCCCGGCUCGUAAUCACUCGAUUGAACGAGUCCUUGGAAGUACCGAGGUCCUCGCCAAAGUACCAUGUCUCCAUCCCCACUAGUGGCACGCU